AUGGAUUUUCCAGAGAGCCUCCAGGAGGAAUGCAGCCCUGUCAACACCUUAAUUUUCAGACUUGUGACCUCUAGACUCUCAAAAGCCCAUGGCCCUGUGUUCACUCUGUAUUUUGGCAUGAAGCCCAUGGUGGUCUUGCAUGGGUAUAAAGCAGUAAAGGAAGCUCUGAUUGAUCUGGGAGAGGAGUUUUCUGGAAGAGGCCAUCUCCCAGUGAAUGAAAAAGUUAGAAAAGGACAUGGAAUCGCUUUCAGCAAUGGCAAGAUAUGGAAGGAGACCCGGCGCUUCUCCCUCAUGACCCUGAGGAAUUUCGGGAUGGGGAAGAGAAGCAUUGAGGACCGUGUUCAAGAGGAAGCACGCUGCCUUGUGGAGGAGUUGAGAAAAACCAACGGGUCGCCCUGUGAUCCCACUUUCAUCCUGGGAUGUGCCCCCUGCAAUGUGAUCUGCUCCAUUAUUUUCCGGAAUCAUUUCGAUUAUAAAGAUCAGAUUCUUCUAGAUCUAAUGGAAAGACUGAAUGAAAACAUCAGGAUUCUGGGCUCUCCAUGGCUGCAGCUCUGCAGUUCUUUCCCUGCUCUCAUUGAUUAUAUUCCAGGGAAACAUAAAAAAUUCUUUGAAAAUUUUGCUUGUUUGAAAAGUUAUGUUUUGGAGAAAACAAGGGAACACCAAACAUCUCUGGACAUUAACAACCCUCAGGACUUUAUUGAUUGUUUCCUGAUCAAGAUGGAACAGGAAAAGCACAGUCAAGAACUGGAGUAUACGGUUGAAAACUUGGCAAACACUGUAUUGGAUUUGUUUGCAGCUGGGAUAGAGACGAUGAGCAUCACACUGAGAUAUGGGCUCCUCCUCCUGCUGAAGUGGACAGGUGUCUCAUCUAAGGUCCAGGAAGAGAUUGUCCGUGUCAUUGGCAGACACCGGAUCCCCUGCAUGCAGGACAGGAGCCACAUGCCCUACACGGAUGCUAUGAUCCACGAGAUCCAGAGAUACACUGACCUGGUCCCCACCAACCUGCCCCAUGCUGUGACCUGUGACAUUACAUUCAGAAACUACUUCAUCCCCAAGGUAAGAUUGUUUUCUCUUUUACUGACCUCAUUGGUCUUGAAGUUCUCAUUUACACAUUCAGUUUAUCUUCAUCAUCUACAUGAUGACAAAGAAUUUCCCAACCCAGAGGUGUUUGACCCUGGCCACUUUCUGGAUGAGAGUGGCAACUUUAGGAAGAGUGACUAUUUCAUGGCUUUCUCAACAGGGAAACGGAUUUGUGUGGGAGAGGGCCUGGCCCACAUGGAGCUGUUUUUAUUCCUGACCACAAUUUUACAAAAAUUUACCUUAAAAUCUGUGGUUGACUCAAAGGACCUCGACACCACCCCAGUUGUCAAUGGGUUAGUUUCUGUGCCACCUUUUUACCAGCUCUGUUUCAUUCCUAUGUGA